CGUGCGCAUGCGCAGUUAUCACUGGUGGUUUGGAAACAAACUGCACCAGGAAGAAGAGCGGAGGAGAUCAAGCGAAGAAGAAAGGACUUUGAAGUGUUUGGACAUACUUUGUACUUGGCAGCAGAGAGCUUUGGAGAAGCCAAGUCGCCUCCAACAUGGCUGCUGCUCCUACUGCUCCUCCUCCAUCCUUCAGCAAAAGUAGCCUGAGGGACGACCUGACAUGCGCCAUAUGCUGCGACCUGUUCAGGGAGCCUGUCAUGUUGUCCUGCAUGCACCACUUCUGCAAGGCGUGCAUCUCACGGUACUGGAGGGGAACUACGGGCCCCGUGACCUGCCCGCAGUGCCGCAAAGAGUUCAGGUCCAAGCAGUUCCAGACCAACUACCUGGUGGCAGCCAUGGUGGAGAAGGUUCGGUCCUCCACUUCAGACACCUACAUCCGGAAUCUGGAGAAAAGGCUGAGUGAGAGCUUGGAGAACCACAACGCAAGGAAAGAGGACCUCCUCUGCAGCAUUCGCAAAGACAAAGACAAGAUGGAUAUCAUAAAGGUAGGUUUGUACAAACAAAUGCAGCACCUAACAAUUAGUUCUUUGUCUCUGGUGUUACAACAGAUAUCUGGUCCUGCUUCCUUAACGUUUGACGCCGACACGGCACAUCCUAGCAUUCAUGUCUCCCGGGACAAAACCGUGGCGGUCGAGUGUGAUGUCAUGACCCAGCCCACGAGCAACAGCAAGCGUUUCCUCCAGUGCGUCAACAUCCUGGCCGCCCAGAGCUUCCAGUCAGGGCGACAUUACUGGGAGGUCGAAGUGGGCUCCAGCCCUAAAUGGGACCUGGGCGUGGCUUCCGAGACCGUGGACAGGCACGCUCGGAUCAAGCUGAGCCCCGAGAACGGCUACUGGACCCUACGGCUGCGCAACGGGGAACAAUACUGGGCCGGGACGCAGCCGUGGUCGAGGCUGCAGGUCGCUUCAUCCCCGCAGAGGAUCGGGGUGUACCUGGACUGCGACGAAAGGAAGGUGGCGUUCUACGACGCUGACGACAUGAGCCUGCUCUGCUUGUUUAGCAAGGGGCCAAGGGGAAAGGUGUUCCCCUUCUUCAGCCCGUGCAUCACUGAAGGCAGGCAGAAACCGCAUCCCAUGAAGCUCCUCCAUUACCCCUCUGUGGUUCUGUCUGGCUAAAGCCAGUCGAUGCGGCUCCACAUUAAAAACCUUUUAUUGACCAAAGGCUUGGCAAACAGUAUUUAAAAGGCCUCGCUGCCAUUUCACGUAUUAUUACAUCAUAGAGUUUAACUCAAGCUUUUCUCAAAUUUUAUCUAAGCAGUAAUCAUGAUAGAUUAGCAUUUUAUUGAAACAGGUACAGCUUUCGCUCAUGAUCUUUAGCCCCUCGAUGAAGGGGUUUUUAAUCAGCAUGUAUAAAGUUUGUACAUGGAGAGGUUGGAUUUGUUUUAAUGGUUCCUCUUGUUUUAUGCAUGAAUUAUGCAUAUUUUCAAAUGUAUAUGCAUGCAUUGUUUCAUUGUCGCUUACAGAUGUUAUCUUCAUUUCUCUGUUAUAAAGCUGCUGAUGCAGAUAAUAAAC